AUGAAGCGUGUGAAGGAGAACAUCAAGGCUCGCUUUUGUCCCCCUGUUAUUGAGAAGGAAGUGGCGCAGCUGCUGAAGCAGCUGUCUCCAAUUGCGCCUCACCGUCUGCCUCUGCUGCCCGAAUCGUCUCUUAUUUCUUUUUGUCCCCCUGUUAUUGAGAAGGAAGUGGCACAACUGCUGAAGCAGCUGUCUCCAAUUGCGCCUCACCAUCCUUCUUGUGGCCGAGGGGAAGGCAUAGCGCUGCUGAAACGCGGCAGCAGAAGCCGCAGCAGCGCCAGCAAUCCCCUUGUCGUGCAGCAGCCGCUUAGGCGGCAUGCAGCGGGAGGCAUAGCUGGCACAGUUGAUGAUCUCCGAAAACUCGGAAUGAUGGAGCUCAGGGCCAGACUACUUCAGUACGGACUCAGCGACGCAGUCAUCCGGACAUUACCCAGGUGGGAUCAAGUUGCGUUGGUGCGGCAGUAUCGCGAUGGGUUCGGGGCUGAGGACGGCAGCAGCAAAGGGAGGGGCGCCGGGGUUCGAUUGCCUACAGAGGAAUACGAAGCAAAACUAUGCAGCAUUUUGAAGCGACAGCAGGCUGCCUUGCGGGCGGAUGAGCCCGUGGUUACUGACACGGAUGAUGAUAUGCCGCCGUCCACGCCGCACCAAUCACAGCAGCAUCAGCUUGGCGCAGACGCAGCUGCUGCUGCGGGCGCUGCUGCCGCAUCGGCAACUGGACAGCAUCAGCAAGGCGGAACGGGAGAAGAUGUCGCCGACGCCCUUUUUGCUGGCUGCGAGGAUUCAGACCACGAGCAAGCAGAUGAGACGGAGUUGGAGAUGAGGGAACUGCAGGUCCUCAGAGACCGCCAGGAGGCGCGCAGCCAGCGCCCCCUGACUCAGGAGGAACAACUCAGGGCGGAAGCAACUGUGCGGGCUGUGCCCUGUCUGCGGUGGACGAGGAAGCGGCGGCAGCAAGUCGGUGAUUCUUUUGCUGCUGACCGCUGCAUUUUGAUAUACGGGGCUGAGAAUAUUAGGACGUUUCUGGCGUGGAGAGACAAACGGCUAGCGAAAAAAAGACAGCGCCAAAUGAGCGCCGUGCACUCGAAAGAGGCGCUGGCAGGCAAACGAAUUUGCCGCGCCUGUGGACGGCCUGGUCACAUCGCUUCAAACGUCAAUUGUCCUCUGUACCGGGGCCCGAAACGCCUGGGCUCGGCCGUGGGGGAGACGGCGGUGAAGCGGAAGCGGCGGCGUACGGGGGGCAGCGACGUGGAGUUGGGUUUAACGGCAGAAACGAAUUUGCACGGAGAGGGGGCUGGAUCUCUCUGCAGCAGCAGCACGCGCCGGAGGAGAGGAGGCCGUGGAGGUGCUGCUGCGCUGCUCAGCGGCAGCAGCGAAGAUGAGAGAGAUGAUGGCUAUGCUGCUGCUGCGGAAGCGACGGCAGACGUCUGGGGCGCAGACGAACCACAACCGGAUGAUAGCGAUGAGGUGUCAUCGGAGCUAGAUGACGAUGAUGAUGAUGAUGAAGGAAUUGGAAAAUCCGGCAAAAGCUCUUUUUCACGGUCUAGCAAGACUGCUAGAGGAAUUGGAAAAUCCGGCAAAAGCUCUUUUUCACGGUCUAGCAAGACUGCUAGACAGAGAAAACGAGGCAGAGGAAGCGGAGGAGCAGCAGACAGAGACGCGGCUCACGUACAGCAGCCCAUAGAUGCCUUAAACGUUUCCUUCGCACGAGUUGUCAAUUUGCUGCUGCAGCAGCAAACAUUCAAGCCGUUCGUUAAUCGUGUGGACGACCGCGUGGCUCCGGGGUAUUCGGUGGUGGUGCAGCAUCCCAUGUUUUUGCGGAAAGUCUUAUCGAAGUGUAGGGAGCGUCAGUACACCUCAGUGGCUGCAUUUAAAGAAGAUAUAGACCUCAUCGUUUGUCACCCGUUCGUUAAUCGUGUGGACGACCGCGUGGCUCCGGGGUAUUCAGUGGUGGUGCAGCAUCCCAUGUUUUUGCGGAAAGUUUUAUCGAAGUGUAGGGAGCGUCAGUACACCUCAGUGGCUGCAUUUAAAGAAGAUAUAGACCUCAUCGUAUCCAACUGUCUCCUUUUCAAUCCAGUCGGCUCACCUUCCGCAUGGCUCAGAGACAGGGCAAUCCAGUUGCAGCAGCUGGCACUGCAGCGGCUCGCUGAGCAGCCCCAAAUUGCUGAAUAUGAGGCGGCCCUGCAGCAAAGUGCCAUCCACAUGCAGCAGCAGCAGCAGUAUCGCUCCUAUGGAUACGAUGACGACUGA